UAACAGGUGGCUAGAGGGACUUCUAGAUUUGAGUUCUUCUUCUUCUCCUCCUCCUCCCACCAUGAACAUCCUGCUCCUUAUGAUACCUGCAUUCGCCAUCCUGGCUCUUGGUGUUGCCCAAGAAGAAAAAUCAGGGAUUGGACCCAAAGCAAAGAAGCACAAAGCCCCGAAAAUCAAGGAGGAUCAGCACGUCCUUGUCCUCACAAGUUCCAACUUUGCUCGUGCCCUGAAGGAAAAUAAAUAUUUAUUGGUGAAGUUCUACAUUGCGCUAUCUGCACCUUCACAGACCGUAAAGGAAGAGUUCUCUGUAGCUGCAGCAUAUCUCAAGGAAAAAACCACAGAUGUCCGAUUUGGUCAAGUUGACAUCACUCAGGAAAAGGAUCUUGGGAAAGAAUUUAACAUUAAGGAAUUUCCAACUUUUAAACUUUUUGUGAAUGAUGAUCGGAAGAACCCAACCGACUGCAAAGGAGUCAGAACAGCCUCUGCUUUUGUGACAUGGAUAACCAGACGGACGGGGCCCAGUUCCACGUUAAUAAACGUCACAGACCACUACGAGUCCUUCAUCAAGUCAGAUAAAGUCUCUGUGGUUGGGUUUUUGAAGGAUCCAGGCAGUAGUUUUACAGAACACUUCUCAGAAGCGGCAAAAGAAGUCCCCGAGUUCCCGUUCGGUCUAGUAACCAAUGAAGAAGUUCUUGUACACGUUGGGAUAACCCAAAAUAUGGUUGCAGUAUACAAAAAGGAUAAAUCAGUCCAUUAUUUGAUAUCUGAAGAAGAAAUUGAAAGCAAAAUGGAUUUAGUUCGACUGAUACGGACUUACGUCAUGGAUGUGGUUACAGAGUAUAACCAGGAGACGUCUGUGACUAUAUUUGAUGUCCCCAUUGACCAUCACAUCCUCCUGUUUGCAUCAAAAACAUCAGAGCAGUUUAGUGCAAUGUAUGAAAGCUACGAAUCUGCUGCUCUGGAGUUUAGAGGAAAGAUUGUUUUUGUGCUGGUUGACACUGAUGAAACUCGUAAUGGACGGAUGUUUGAAUAUUUCCGUAUCACGGAGGUGGACACACCAGCAAUUCGCAUUUUGAACCUAACAAGCAAUGCUAAAUACAGAAUGCCUGCCGAUGACGUCACUUUUGAAAAUGUCAGAAGCUUCUGCCAGAAUUACUUGGAUGGAAAAGCCAAGCCUCAGAGAGAUAGUGAAGAUAUCCCAAAGGACUGGGAUAAACAUCCGGUAAAAGUGCUGGUUGGGAAAAAUUUUAAUAAAGUUGCCUUCAAUAAAUCAAGCAAUGUAUUUGUCAUGUUCUAUGCUCCUUGGUCCAAACCGUGCAAGGAACUUUCUCCUGUCUGGGAAGAACUAGGGAAAAGAUACCUAAAUAACGCUAAUGUGACAAUUGCCAAAAUUGACUGCACAGCCAAUGAUAUUCAACUGAUGGUGUUGGAUCGCUACCCUUAUUUUCGGUUCUUCCCUGCUGGAUCAGAUAACAAGUCUGUUCGAUAUACAGGGAAGAAGACUCUUGACGCAUUUACAGAAUUCCUGGAACAUGAGCUGACAUCUCCAAAUAUGGAGGAAGAGGAAACGUCUUCAUCAAGCGAGUCUUCAAAUCAAGACAGUGAACACCAACUGAAAGAAGAACUGUAAGAGCCGACACAACCCCUCUCCAUAGCACCACGCAUUUCAAGAAAACUGUAUAAUACUUGGCUUGUGUAUUACUACGGUA